AACUUUGCUCAUUUAAAUUUCAGAUGUUGCGUAAUUUCCAGAGCGUAUUUCGCGUAUUGGGACGACAAACUCGUCAGUAUUCUGUCAAGUCGGACCAUGCAGUUUGGUCUCUAGGAAGGCUUAAUCAUGUCGCUAUAGCGGUGCCUGAUUUAGAAGCUGCUACAGCACUUUAUCGUGAUAUUCUAGGGGCUACAGUUAGUGAGCCUCAGGGACUACCGGAGCAUGGGGUAACUACAGUGUUUGUUAACCUUGAUAAUACCAAGCUUGAAUUAUUGCAUCCGUUAGGAGACAAUUCUCCAAUUGCUGGUUUCCUCAAAAAGAAUGCAUCAGGCGGUAUUCAUCAUAUAUGUAUUGAGGUCAAUAACAUAGACGCAGCAGUUCAACAGAUGAAGGAGAAAAAUAUUCGCUGUCUUUCUAAGGAAACAAGAAUAGGGGCCCAUGGUAAACCUGUAAUGUUUCUGCAUCCUAAGGACUGUAAUGGAGUUCUAGUUGAGUUAGAACAAGAAUAAAUAUACUUAAUCAUGUACAAGAACAGGGCUCACCCACAAAGGAUGAGAUUUAAAGUCGACCUUAAAGGGGCUGUACGCCUAAUUUAAAACGACCUGACCUCCUAUGCACUUUAAGUUAUAUAAGCAAGAAAUGCGCAAUUCAAUUUUGGAGGUAUUUCACAAAUUAAAUUUAUCAGUUUAAAGAAACAUAAACAUGGAUAUCUAAUUCAUACUUUAAUUAAAAUUACGCUUACAGUCCUUUUGAUCUUGUGCAAGUAUGGGGCUUACCAACAAAGAAUGAGACUAAUGCCGACCAAAAAUGAAAUAUAAUAAUCUUCAGGUCUAAAUUGGUUGUGUGCUUCGGACAAAGUUUUAAAGAAAUGUACGAAAUUAUUUGUAAAGAAAAAAGUUUAUAAUUGUGGAAUAAAAUCUAUUAAAUCA